GGAAUUGGGGUCCACGUCCGACUCUGUCGAGAUCUCCUGAAAUGUGCCCGACUAAACGGACACAGCCGCUUCUCUAAUAAAUGGCCACACCUGGAACUUUAUAUGAACUACCACGCCUAUUUUGCAUGUUUCACUCUUGUGGCUAUGCCCCUAUAUCAUGGUAUUCGUCUGGUUCAAAAAGUGCAACCCGGCACGUUCUGAAGUCGCAAACGUUUCCCCGCUUCGGCCCGCGAGACAACCUACGUGAUCAUAUCUUGCAUCAUCUUAGGUAACUCACAUAUACAGUAGCACAUCAUGGUUGGAGUAGCUGGUAGGAGUAAGGGCUGCAAUACGUGUCGUAAGAGGAGAGUCAAGUGCGAUGAGGCAAAACCCCAAUGCUACCGCUGCGUCAAGGCAGGUUUCGAAUGCCUAGGCUAUCAGAGAGCUACGCAAUGGCGACACACUUCUCUGGCUCCGGUUCCUGCAUCUCGGUUGCAUAUGCCCGACUUCGUAGGCGUUGUGCAGCCGGUGCCUGUAAGUUUCGUGCCGCCGCCGGAACUUAGUAUAGAUGUCUUCGAAAGAGAUAUGUGUACUGCUCACAUGUUUGGAAAUUUCGUGUGGAGGUCCUACGGAACUAUUUGGCUCAAUCAAGCAUCCGAGGGCAGACUCGGUGGCCUCUCUCUUGAUGCUGUGACGGCCCUUUCUCAGUUGAGCUUUGGUUUAAAUAAUAGGAUACAAGAACUCCAGCUCAAGGGGGCGGCCCAAUACGGAAGAUGCCUGAGGAUCCUGGCAGAAGAGCUUCGCAGAGAUAACGCUGCAGGCUACGACAACCGAAGGUUAAUGGUACCUAUACUCGUCCUAAUGAUGGUUUCGGCGAUUCAAGCCGAUAGAACUGCUGCGGUCUUUCAUCUAAAAGCGAUUGAGAAAGUGUUAAUGCUGUGCGGCCCAAGAGCUUUUCAGCAGCAGCCCUUAAGGAAUGCCUUCGAGGCUGCCAGGGCCACGCUAUUAAUUGCCUCGCUAUUUUCCAGGCGAAGAAUAUUCCUCGAAGAUCCGUGCUGGCAAGACAUACCAUACGCAUUAGACCCAUACGCAAAACCCCAGCAGUCACGGCUCCUUGACAUCCUGGUCGCCAUACCAGGCUUGCUAGAAGAGACUGCUCACGUCGACAGCAUGAGUUAUUGUCCAGAGGACGACUCCAGUACCCCUUCUCUCAUCUCAGAUAAGCGGUUGAGUUGCCAGGAGAAUUUAUGUGAAUGCAUCGUUGUUCAAUUAGAGAAACUUUUCCGCUGGCGCUGGGACUGGCAACGCGAAUAUGGCCAAUACGUCUCGGUAGACAAAUACGAGUGGCAAUCAAAUACCCCAUCUCCCACGGACUCGGAAUUCAGCGGCAAUCCGAAAGAACUCGGUCGUCUGCGGUUCGAUCGCUCUGCGUACGCCAAUGAUAUCAUGCUCUAUAAUUCUGCCCUGAUGUGGUUGAUGACUCUACUAUGGAAAGUCGGACCGUUACAGGCGAAAUCCAUUAUACAAGGAUGCGCACGACAUGCUGCUACCUCGUUAGCUCUGUCGCCGAAAUCACUAGCGUUAUCACAUAACAUCUCGUUCGAGCCGUUAAAUCAGCCCGGCGCCGCGUUUUCCAUCCGAGACCCCGCCAUUGAAAUUUGUCGCGUCUUUGAUUGGCAAUGCCGGCACCAUGAGCAGUGUGGCGCUCUCGACGACCAAGCUUGCCUAUAUUUAUUUCCUCUAGGAAUGGCCCGAAGCGUCUUGGAUCCCGAGCCGCGCUACCAGAAGUGGAUCGAUGACAUGCUAGAUUCAAGCCCCAUUACCGCAGGCUAUGGCAGACAUGGCGGGAGCGUGGUUGGCUUUAGCUCAUAUAUCACAAGAUGCGCUCUCAAUCCCGACAUCUGAUGCUAAAAGAAGAUGUCUGGAAUCUAGGCGAAGGCAUCCUACUUGAUGCCUUUACCUAGCGUCAUUAGUCGCCAGACUUCAAUGAUCUUACGAUGAAAAAACAUCUAUCCUGAUCUAUAAGAGGGCCCCGGAGUAGUACCAUACAUCUUGAAUUCGUUUACGAUAGUUAAUGAUAACGAUGAUGGGCGUGGAUU